AUGACUCAGAACCAUGUGUUCACAGUUGAAGGCGGAUCUUGCCUGUCUGUGUCCAGACAAGCUAGACUCCUGCAGCAACUGAAGGAAGUAGACCCGGCCGUUACCAACAUCUGCGGACACUAUGUGCACUUCAUCGAAGUCAGCCAGAUCCUCGCAACGGACGAGCACACCUUACUCACCAACCUGCUGGCAAAUGCGGAAGACAAUGUCAACGCUCCGGUGGUAGCCAUGAACAGCCACAGCAGUUGCCAAUUGGUGAUCACCCCUCGCCAAGGCACCAUCAGCCCAUGGUCAUCGAAGGCUACGGAUAUUGCAACCAUUUGCGGUCUGGAGAAGAUCAUCCGAAUUGAACGGGGCAGUGUGUAUGCCAUCGAGGGAAUGCUUAAACCAUCCGCGGCUGUGUGCGAUGUGCUGCAUGACCGCAUGACUGAGGAAGUAUUGGCGGGACUCGAUGACGCAGCUGUUGCCAAUCUCUUCAACCACCAGAGCCCUCGACCGGUUAAUUCUGAACAUUGUCGUCACAAGAUUUUCAAUGCCGACUUCACCAUCGACGGUCAAAAGAAGGACAUCUCGCUCUUUGGAAUGAUCCGUAACACAUACAAACAAACGCCCGAGGGCAUUCUGUCAGCGUACAGCGACAACGCAUCAGUUAUUGAGGGCUCUAAGGCAACCAAACUGAGACCUAACCAAGACACGCACGAAUACACAAUGGAGCAAGAAGACGUGCACAUUCUCAUGAAAGUGGAGACGCACAACCAUCCCACUGGCAUCUGCCCAUUCCCUGGCGCAGCCACUGGCAGUGGAGGAGAGAUCAGAGACGAAGCGGCGGUGGGCAAAGGAAGCAAACCUAAGGCAGGACUAUCAGGCUACAACACAUCCCACCUGCGCAUACCAGGCGCAGAGAGAGAGUGGGAGAGCACAGCAGGUGUGUCUCCUGCGCAAGCGUCGGCGUUUAAGAUUAUGACUGAGGCACCUCUGGGCAGUGCUGCGUUCAACAACGAAUUCGGUCGACCCGCCAUCGCCGGUUACUUCCGAACUUUUGGAGACGAAAUCCCUAAUUCUGAGGGAAUGUACACUACAGGUUAUAACAAACCCAUUAUGCUUGCGGGUGGAAUGGGCAACAUCAGAGCAGAACAUGUCACCAAGGGACCAAUGUCAGCUGGCGCACACGUGGUUGUGCUGGGAGGCCCUGCGAUGCUUAUUGGGCUUGGUGGUGGAGCUGCCAGUAGUAUGGCUUCAGGCGGUAACUCUGUAGCACUUGACUUCGCCUCCGUUCAACGACACAACCCAGAGAUGCAGCGCAGAUGUCAGGAGGUCAUAGACGCCUGCAACGCUAUGGGUGAUGACACCCCCCUUGAGUUCAUCCAUGAUGUGGGUGCGGGUGGACUGUGUAAUGCGUUGCCUGAGUUAGUGCAUGAUGGUAACCGCGGAGGUCACUUUGACAUCCGAAAGGUACCCAAUGCCGAUACAGCCAUGAGUCCCAUGGAGAUCUGGUGCAACGAAGCCCAGGAAAGAUUUGUCCUGGCAAUUAAACCAGAGGCAGGACAGCUGGCGCGGUUCGAGGCCAUCUGCGCUCGAGAGAGAUGUAUUUAUGCAGUGGUUGGCAUGGCAACGGAGGAUCACUCAGUCACAGUAGAGGAUAGCCACAGCACCACCUCAGCCCAGACUGAAGACGGAACAGCGACCAAAAAAAGGAAAGACGACAGUCGACCUGUCGAUCUGCCUUCCUCCGUUCUGUUUGGUAAACCGCCCAAGAUGGAACGUAAUGUGACCACUUGCCCUGUCCCAAGCCUUCCGCUUUUGGACUUGAAGACUCUCUCCGUAGCCGCCUGUCUUGACCGGGUGCUGGAGUUCCCGGCUGUGGCGUCGAAGUCCUUUCUCAUUACAAUUGGCGAUCGCACUGUCACAGGCCUAGUCGCACGCGAUCAGUUUGUUGGCCCAUGGCAGGUCCCUGUUGCAGAUGUCGGUGUCACGUGCGCAGGAUAUGCUCUCAACGACUACGCAGGCGAGGCCAUGUGUAUGGGAGAGCGCCCGCCAAUUGCCGUUCUAUCGGCUGCUGCCAGUGCCAGAAUGGCCGUGGGCGAGGCGAUCACCAAUAUCAUCGCAUCAGACGUAUCAGAUCUCAAGAAAGUCCGUCUCUCAGCCAAUUGGAUGGCAGCGUGCACCGCUCCCGGACAGGACGCGGCGCUCUACGAGGCCGUGGCGGCUGUGGGUAUGGGUCUGUGCCCUGCCCUGGGCUUGGCUAUUCCUGUGGGCAAAGACUCACUCUCCAUGCGAACCAAAUGGACCGAGCCACAGACAGGCGAUGCCAAGGAAGUCGUGUCGCCGGUCACUCUAGUCGUGACGGCGUUUGCCCCCGUUUCGGAUGUGCGUAAGACCUUGACUCCUGAAUUGUCCUUUGAGGACGGCCCUACGCACCUCGUUGUGGUGGAUUUAGGCUCAGGACAGAAUCGAAUGGGCGCCAGUGCCCUGUCGCAGGUGUACAACUGCUUGGGAGGUGUCGAUGGGAAGGUUCCAGAUGUCGACUCGGCCGAUGUGCUGUUGAACUUCUUCAACACCAUGACCGAACUAAAGCGCACAGACAAAGUGUUGGCCUACCACGACCGAUCAGACGGAGGACUCAUCACCACAGUCACUGAAAUGUGCUUUGCAUCACGCUGUGGGGCUGACCUGACUAUUGACGCAGAGGGAGAUGGCGUCAUCCCUGCGCUGUUCAACGAAGAGCUAGGCGGUGUAUUACAGGUGCGGUCGUCUGAUGUGGAGGCUGUGGUCAACGCCUUCACUGCCGCGGGUGUGCCAGCCGCUGCCAUGGGAACGCCCGUUGCCAAGAGCAAGGACAUCACGUUCAAAAGCAAGGCGACUGGAGGAGUGGUGUACUCGGGUGAUCGCGUACAGUUGUAUCGCAAGUGGUCUGAGGUUUCUUACAACAUGCAGAAGCGCCGAGACAACGCCCAAUGCGCUGAGCAAGAGUGGGAGGCUCUGCUGGAUGACGAAAACCCAGGUUUGCACCUAUCCCUCACCUACGAGCAACAACCCACCCAAACCCAAACCCAAACCCAAGGCAAGCCACAGGUGUGUGUGCUGCGUGAACAGGGUGUCAAUGGCCAAGUGGAGAUGGCUCAGACUUUCAUGCUCGCAGGCUUCAAAUGCGUCGAUGUGCACAUGACAGACAUUCUCAGCGGAAAGGUGACGCUGGACGCCUUCUCCGGGCUUGUGGCGUGUGGCGGCUUCAGUUACGGAGAUGUCUUGGGUGCAGGGGCUGGUUGGGCCAAGUCCAUUCUCUACAACAGCGGUGCACGCAAGACCUUCGCCGAAUUUUUUGGCCGAAAGGAUACCUUUGCACUGGGCGUGUGCAACGGAUGCCAAAUGAUGAGCGGCCUCAAGGAACUCAUCCCCGGUACGGAGCAUUGGCCGCAGUUUGUGAAGAACACCAGUGACCAGUUCGAGGCACGCGUGAGUAUGGUUGAGGUUAUGCCCAGCAACAGUGUCUUCUUCAAAGAUAUGGUAGGUAGCCGGAUUCCAAUUGCCGUGGCCCACGGAGAAGGCCAUGCACUCUUUAGCUCACCCGCCGAUCGCGCAAGCGUCACCACUGAAGGUAUGGUUGCUCUGCGGUAUGUGGACAACUACGGUCAGCCUACUGAGGCGUACCCCGCCAAUCCCAACGGCUCGCCCGACGGUAUCACUGGGUUAACCUCCAAAGAUGGGCGUUUCACCAUUAUGAUGCCCCAUCCCGAAAGAGUGACAAGAUCAUUCACCAACUCUUGGUAUCCUGGAAAGCGUGCCGGAGUAUCUACAAAUGCCGCGGACGAGGGUGCCUGGUUGCAGAUGUUUAAGAAUGUGCGAAAAUGGGUAGCCGAGCAACAGUAGAGUAAUCUAAUUAUAUCAUCCAAUGGAUGCCCACUUUUCGACUUCGACAGUCCGUACCUAAAUUGUAACCCUAAAAUCAGAGAACCAAGGGACUAUCUGAUACUUCACUAAUUUUGUCGCGUCAAAAAAAAGGUCCGAUAUUUAGUAAACAUAUGAAAACAUG